CGUGACCGUGUUGCGUCGCGCUCCUAACGGAGUUUUGAGUCCCUGACUUUUCUUCUAUACUUCAACAGGUUCAACCAAAAUCGUUGUUGCGUUAAUCCUUCAAGCUCGCGUUCCUCAGUUUCAACAUGGGUAAAGAGUCGGAUGAUGCAGCCCCUCGAGAAUACCCGUACUUCUGGUCCAAGGGGUCGAGUAUAGCUUUACCAGACUUUCUGAUGAAGUAUAAACCGUCGAUGGUCCAGAAUGACGGCACAAAACCAUGGAUAUGGGUCGAAGGAAGUAACCGAAACCAGGAUACAACUGAAUCUGAUGCAACUGCUGCUAUCAGUGAGGCUUCAGCAUUGCUGAAGCAAGUGUCGCAGAGAGUGGAAGAGAUCAAGAACGAUGAUUCUAUUCCUAUGCGCUCUAGCAAAAAGACAGGAGCAAAGAGCAAAAAGGAUGUUCGUGAGAAGGUACAAGCAGACGCUGCCGAGAAACUGAAGGAUAUAUCCAUUAAGCACAACUACGUUUGUGGAAAAUGGUUGAUAUUCGCUCCCGCAGACAAAGUAGACGUAAUAUGGUCCAAGAUCGCCACAUCGCUCGUUUCUGGCGCCCUUGCUUCAACUUGCGCAUAUCUGACGAAAGUAGCAACAUCACCGUCGAAUGAGACUCCGCACUAUCAACACGUCAUCUGUCUCUAUAUCCCAGAUGUCUACGACAAAGAUGCCGUCACAGAUGUCAUGAAGGUGCUCUUGAGAAACCACGGUGUCAAUCUCAGUGGCGUAAAAUCGGAUCUAUACACAGGAGCAGGACUCGAUAGCAAACACUCGAGCGGAAUCCCACCAACAGUGUGGAAAAACACUUCUCUACUCGCAGAUUCCGAGAUCAAGGCCCUCAAAGAUGCCUAUUUCUCGGAGCUGAAUACUGCUUCAACAUCUACGGAAAAACCUGACGAACAGAAGGACCAGCCUUCCAUCGCUGCAAAGAAAAAGCCCAUUCUCAAGAAGAAAACCAAAGAAGAUGAUCCUUUUGCAUCUGAGGACGAGGCUGAUGCUCAAGAAGCGGAACGGAAACAAAAGGUGCAAGCAAGGGGGAAACCAGGAAAGAGAUCCCAAUCAAGCGAUAUGGAUGCGGACGCAGACGAGAGUGACAAACCAAAAACAAAGAAGAAGAAGAGUACAUGGUGACUACCCCACUCAUUACAUUGUCGUUGUUGUUUUUUGUGAUCCUAUGUUGACUCGCCUUGUGUAUAUUAUUUCUGCUUCCUUUGUUUUUCGAACCAGUUCGAACCACGGACUAUCAUCGCA